AUGUCCGUGUACUCUCUCUAUAUUAUUAACAAAUCCGGGGGUCUCAUCUUCUCCAAGGACUUCAACGCCAAGAAUCCUCUUUCUAGUAACGAUCGCAUGCGUCUUGCGUCCACGUUUCAUAGUCUUACAGCCAUUUCCACACAAUUCGCACCAGCCAAGAAUUCGCGAGGCAUCAACUAUGUCCUAGCGGAAACCGUUUCAAUCCACUCAUACCGAAUCAACUUUCUUGUAAUCUCCAAUCCCACCGUUCCCUAUCUCGAGGGAUUGCUAGAUGAAAUAUAUGUGUUGUUUGCAGACUAUGUGAUGAAGAAUCCGUUUUAUGAGCUGGAGAUGCCGAUCCGCUGCUCCCUCUUCGAAGAAAAGCUAGAUACCCUCAUUGCUUCCCAUUAUCCUUUUUGA